AUGAAACUUAUAGCAGCAUUUUGCCUUUUGGCGCUGUUUGGUUUAACCAAUGCCGAUAUUCAAGCAGACAAGCUUUACGAGUUGCUAAAAGCAAAAAGAUCAAGAAACUCGCCUGUUGUUAAUACAUGGUCAGCAACAGAUGAAGCUACGAACGAAUACUCUCCAGUUUACAUUCCACCUCAAGAUGGUCUUGCAGAACAAGACAAGAUUGGGUCAUUGCCUGGUCAACCAUCAGGCGUUGACUUUAAUCAGUAUUCUGGAUAUGUUACUGUUAAUCCAACUGCUGGCAGAGCUCUUUUCUAUUAUUUUGUCGAGUCUCCCACCGAUUCUUCGAAUAAACCCUUGGUUUUAUGGCUUAAUGGAGGACCAGGAUGUUCGUCCAUGAUUGGAGCCAUGUCGGAAUUAGGACCUUUCAGAAUCACUAAUGAUGGAAAAAGUCUCUUCAGAAAUGACUAUGCAUGGAGCAAUGUUGCAAAUAUGCUGUUUCUGGAGUCUCCAGCUGGAGUAGGCUUCUCGUAUUCCAACACGACGUCUGAUUAUGAUCAUGCUGGUGACAAGAACACUGCAGAUGAUGCUUACAUUUUUAUCGUAAACUGGCUUGAGAGAUUCCCUCAAUACAAAACUCGUGAUUUUUACAUUACUGGAGAAAGCUACGCUGGACAUUAUGUUCCUCAACUUGCUUUAAACAUCGUUUUUAACAACAAGAAAACAAACCAAACCAUCGUCAACAUCAAAGGCAUCGCUAUAGGAAAUGCAUGGAUUGAUGAUGAAACGAGUGAGAAAGGUAUGUACGAUUAUUGGUGGACACAUGCUGUAAAUUCAGAUGCGACACAUGAUGCGAUUUUGAAAUACUGUGACUUUGCGAACGAAACUUCGACUGAUAUGUGUGACAAAAGUACCGAUAAAGCAUGGGAUGAAAUGGGAAAUGUCGAUAUAUACAACAUCUAUGCGCCAAUUUGCUUGAACCCUGAUCUAAGGAAUGCUUCUACCACUGGUUCUAUUAACGAUUUUGAUCCAUGCUGGCAAUAUACCCUUGUAAACUAUCUCAAUAACUCUGCUGUGCAAAAGGAAUUACAUGUGAAACCGACAUCAUGGGAUGUAUGCAGUGAUGUUAUCCCGGGAUGGAAUGACAGUCCAGUUACCAUCCUGCCGACAAUCAAGUAUCUGAUUGAAAACGGCCAACGGAUAUGGGUAUUCAGUGGGGAUACAGAUGCUAGAGUUCCGAUUACUUCUUCUAGGUACUCAGUCAACGCACUCAAUCUUCCUAUCGUGACAGCUUGGAGACCAUGGUACCUCAACAAGGAGGUUGGAGGGUAUUUGGAGGCAUACCAAGGACUGCUUUUGAUAACUGUUAGGGGUGCAGGCCAUACGGUUCCAAGCUACCAGCCGGAGCGAGCAUUGACCUUGUUCUCAUCGUUCCUUGGAGGAAUGCUUCCUCCAUCUUCAUAA